AUGUGCGGGAUCUUUGCCUACGUGAACUACGGCGUGCCGACCAAGCAGAAGGCCAUCGUGGACAAGCUCCUGAACGGCCUGCGCCGCCUGGAGUACCGUGGAUAUGACUCCGCGGGCAUUGCCAUCGACAACGGCCCGAGCCUUGACGAGCUCUCGCCCAUCGUCCUCAAGGAGACCGGAAAGAUCGACAUGCUCGCCGAUUUUAUCACGAACAAGGAGAACCUCAACUCCGAUCUGUUCUUCGAGAACCACUGCGGCAUCGGACACACGCGCUGGGCGACGCACGGUCCCCCGGCGCCCCGCAACAGCCACCCCCACACCUCAGAUGCCAACAACGAGUUCCUGGUGGUGCACAACGGCAUCAUCACCAACCACCAGGCCCUGAGGGAGAUGCUCGAGCGCAAGGGCUUCGUCUUCGAGUCCGAGACGGACACCGAGGUGAUCCCGAAGCUCACCAAGUACCUCUACGAGAAGUUCCACAACCGGGUCACCUUCAGGCAGCUCGUCAUGGAGGUGGUUCGUCAGCUCCAGGGCGCGUUCGCGCUCAUCUUCAAGUCGUCGCACUACCCCGGCGAGCUCGUCGCCGCCAAGCGAGGCUCGCCCCUCCUCCUCGGAAUCGUCGAGGAACCCGGCAAGAACGCGCCUCACGCGGUGCUCACCUCCGAGGGCUUCAAAACCAGCAAGGAGGGACCCAUAGGCGACGAAGCGCCCAGGGAUAACGGCGGUAAGAGGCAGAAGACGCUCAAGAACCACGUGGAGUACUACUUUGCCUCGGAUGCGUCCGCGAUGGUUGAGCACACCAAGCGGGUGCUCCACCUCGAAGACGACGACGUCGCGCACCUGCACAACGGCGGAUACGGCAUCUACCGCAUGGAGCGGAGCAAGCCUACGUCCGGGACGUCAUCCCCGGUGCACUACGAGCCGACGGUGCAGAGCGCCGAGGUUGAGCGCACGGUUGAGACGCUCCAGAUGGAGGUUGAGCAGAUCAUGAAGGGGAGCUUCAAGCACUUCAUGCAGAAGGAGAUUCACGAGCAGCCCGAGUCCAUGGUCCAGACCAUGAGGGGCCGCAUGGUGACGUGUGACGAGGGCAAGACUGCCGAGCGCGUCUUCUUGGGCGGUAUGGUCAACUUUGUCAGCACCAUCCGCAGGUCCAGGCGAAUCAUCCUCUGCGGUUGCGGCACUUCCUACAACUCAGCCAUCGCCGUCAGGCAGCUCAUGGAGGAGCUCACCGAGCUCCCGGUCACCCUCGAGCUCGCCUCCGAUGUUCUCGACCGCCAGUGCCCGUUCUUCAGGGACGACACCUGCGUGUUCAUCUCCCAAUCGGGUGAAACCGCCGAUACCCUAAAGGCUAUGCAGUACGCGAAGGAGCGAGGCGCGCUCUGCGUCGGCAUCGUCAACACCGUCGGAUCCGCCAUCUCCCGCAGCACCGACUGCGGUGUCCACAUCAACGCGGGCGCGGAGAUUGGCGUCGCGUCCACCAAGGCGUACACCUGCCAGAUCGUCGCCAUGGUCCUCCUCGCGCUGGCUCUCUCCGAGGAUUCCAUCUCGCGCGCGACGCGUCGCAAGGAAAUCAUGCAGUCGCUUCUGGGCCUUCCCGAGGCGGUUCGCACGGCGCUCAAGCUCGACGCACAGAUGCUCGCGCUCGCGGAGGCACUCAAAGAUGAGCAGAGCCUCCUGCUGUUCGGCCGCGGGUACAACUACGCCACUGCGCUGGAGGGUGCGCUCAAGGUUAAGGAGGUUGCGCUGCUGCACUCUGAGGGCAUCCUCGCGGGCGAGAUGAAGCACGGCCCGCUCGCGCUCGUGGACGAGACGAUGCCCCUCGUGGUGGUGGCCACUAGGGACGGUAGCUACGCGAAGCAGGAGAGCGUGGUGCAGCAGCUUCGCGCCAGGGGCGGGAGGCUCAUCCUCAUCGCCACCGAGGGCGACGACCAGAUCGCGGAGGUCGCCGGGAAGGACGCGACGAUCAUCUGGGUGCCCGAGGUGGAGGACUGCCUGCAGGCGGUGGUGAACAUCGUGCCCCUUCAGCUGCUGUCGUACCACCUCACCGUGCUGCGCGGGCACAACGUGGACCAGCCCAGGAACCUGGCCAAGUCCGUCACGGUGGAGUAA